AGCCAGUCGUGGUUCGCCAUGGACUUGUUGACACGUGUCGUGCGUGCUCUGCUCCUGCUGGCCCUGCUGCUGGCAGUGACUCCCUGCCCAGGAGAGUCCAAGGAGCUGUGCCCGCACCCCUGCCGCUGCCAGAGGCGUGGACUGCUGGACUGCCGCCACGCCGGCCUGGCCACCGUGCCCCCGGCCACCCGCCGACGGGCCCUCACCGUCCUAGAUUUCACUGGCAACUCGAUUGCUACUUUGGAUGAACAAACAUGGAAGGAAUACCCCUGGACUGAGACUCUAGUCCUCAGGGACAAUGAGCUGCAGGCAGUGAAGAGCCAUUCCCUGGAGGGGCUGUUCCUGCUGAAGCACCUGGACUUGUCUGGCAAUAGGAUCCUGCUGAUUGAGGAAGGUGCUUUUGAGCCACUGCCUUUCUUGAGGCUUCUAAACCUCAGUGGGAAUGGCCUCACACAGAUCCACAGCAGCACUUUCCAGGCAUGGCACGGGAUGCAGUUUCUAGAGGAGCUGAUCCUAAGCCACAACCCCCUGACCGUGAUUGCUGACACAGCAUUCUUCAAGCUGCCUUCAGUCAACUAUCUGGACCUGAGUGCAACUCAAGUGACUCCGCAGACGUUGCUGCUGCUCCUGCAGACAACAGUGCACUUGGAAACCCUCAAACUGCCCAAGGAUGUGGCCUGCUGCCUCUGCCAGGAGCAUGCCAGCACCGAGACCCCGUGCAGGACCAUCCAGUUCCUCUGUGAGAACCUGUGCAGCAGCAGCAGUGCCCAGUGUGCUGCUCACACAGGUCCUGUGGCACAGACACAGGGAGAAGUUAUGGAAGUGAAGCCCUCCGGAAAAGCAAAGAGCAGCCCAGUAUUGAACCUCAGGGCCAAGCAGCCUUCGCUGGGAGACCAUGGAACCAUAACUCUUGGGGUUGCCCUGACCCUGAGCAGCACUGAGGGGGAUGUCAGCAGCCUCAAGGAUUCCAGAUCAGAUUCAUAUCCCCCUGAGCACCUCUCCAGGCAGGAAGGCAAAACAGCUGAUGAUGAGCUGAUGGUCGAGGUCAAGAAUAAUCUGCACAAGGCUAAAAGCAUCAGGACUGUGAAAAGCAUCGUCUCACGCCAGCCCCAGCCUGUCAGGGAGAAGGAUGUGGAGGAAAAGUCAAUCACAGUCUGGGAACGAAAGCAGAAGGGCUCCCAUUUGAACUGGCAGGCAUUAAACCCCUGGGAUGAAGCUGGUGGGUUAAACCCCACUGAGGACGACUCUGGACACCACAAAGUAUCCACACUGCCUUCAAAACAGUCCCCUUCGCACUCCACAGCAAAGGGACGUCGUUUCUCCAGGUCUGUCAAUAUUCAGGACUACUACAAUGCUGUGGAACAGACUCAGAACACCAUUGGGAUGGAGGAUGUGGAGGAUAGAGAAGAGGAGGUGGAAGCCCCAUCUUCAAAGCAGAAUUAUGGCUGGACUCAGAAACAGCACAAUAAGAAGGCCAGCCAGCAAAAGCAGAUGGAGUCCCAUUUGAACUGGCAGGCAUUAAACCCUUGGGAUGGAGCUGGUGGGUUAAACCCCACUGAUGAAGACUCUGUCUCUGGACACCACAAAGGUGUGGAUGUAGCUCCAUCUCCAAUACGGAAAUACAUUUGGAAAAAGAAAGAGCACAAGAAGACCAACAGCCAGUAUUGGGUUGGCCAAAAUCCGCUUUUCUACCAGGUGUUGGGCCCUGCCAAAGCCCAGGGAGAGCCCACAGGCAGAGAAAGCAAAGCCCAGCAGGGUCUAAACAGGAACCUGGAUUUUCUGUCUGACCCGCUGGUUAACAACGGCCCCGCUGCAAUCAGCAGGGUAGAGGACAGGGCUGAAGGAGAGCCUUCCUCUCGGGGUGGGCACUUCCCCCUCCUGCCUGACACCAGGGAGACAGCCUGGAAGCAAGAAGAGGAAGGCUCCAGGCUCCUCAACAAGCCAGGUAGCCCUGAGGGCCCAGACGUUUUGCCGGUUCCCGGAGAGGACUUUGAAACCACGGUCGAUCGUUCCCUGCGCUUGCUGGUGCCGGACGAAGGCCUGCGGAUGUUCCUGGCCCACAUGGAGCGAGCCCUGAGGACGGACUGCAGCCUGCCCGGGCUGCAGCUGGCCUGUGCCAAGAUGGUCUCCAAGACUGGGCUGCUUCUAAAUCUCCUCAGCAAGAGACAAGAGAGCGAGGGAGCCUCUGCUUUCACGAGACAGUGUCCUGUGGAAAAGAACAUCUCCAGACACACAGCCUUGGAGGAGGGCAAGGAACACACAGGGCAGAAACGACGAUCCAGGGACAAAGAAAUAUCGUUUGUGGUACUCCUGUCUGCCGUCACCACUGUUUUUGUGAUGCUGAAGUGUGUCCUCCAUUUGUGCUUCGGAUCUUGUGCAGAUUGUUUCCAACCCCGACAUAGUAGGAAAUCAUUGCUGAGAAGGUUCUUUGAGAAACUUCAGUGGAGAGGGAGGAAGAAGGAGUACAGCGAGGGAGAGGCUGUAGAGCAGGGAAGGGCAGGGAGCACAUUCCAGUGCUGCCCCUCUGCCCACACUGCCUGCUCAUCCUCACCUCUCCCAGUCAUUCCUCUUCAUGGCACUUUCCAGACAAUGCCCAAGCUCAGCGAAGCUGAGUUGCUCUUUGUUCAGUACAUCAUGGAUGUCCUUGAUGCCAAGGAAAAAGCAUUCCGGAAAGCGAUACAACAUAAAGAAGGCCCGUGAGGGAGAGAAGACUUUCAAGGAGAGGGAAGCCCAAAGCAGCCCAGGGAAGCAGCCACAGUGGGGCAGUGCCGGCAGCCCAGGACGAGGUGCCUGUGCCCAGUCACUGCAGUGCACCCCCAGAGCCGGCGCACUUAUCCCUCCCCACAGAGGAGGCUGUGGGCACCCAAAAGAAGGCAUCAAGCCCUCAGUCUCUUCUUCAUCCUCUGUGCCAAUGUUUCCCCCUGCAUCCAAUAAAAAAUGGAGAUUCUCCUUUUUCCUCCUCUGUUUGUUGA